AAUUUGAGAGCUCUCUUCUCUUUGCGCAGUCAAUUUGCUACAACUGAGAAAAAUGGCGGCUGCGACUUCAUCCAUCGCUCCUUCUCUUUCAUGCCCAUCUCCUUCUUCUUCAUCCAAAACCCUUAGGUCUUCGAAAGCCAGAACCUUGGCUCUACCCAAUAUCGGUUUCCUCUCGUCUUCUUACAAGUCUCUGAGGUCGCUUACUGCCACCGUUGCUGGAAAUGGUAUUGGUUCCGCCACUGGAUCCUCCCUUGCGGCUCGUAUGGUUUCGUCGUCUGCGGUCAAAGCCCCUGUUUCUCUCGAUUUUGAGACAUCUGUCUUCAAAAAGGAGAAAGUUUCUCUUGCUGGUUAUGAAGAGUACAUUGUGAGAGGAGGAAGGGAUUUGUUCAAGCAUCUCCCAGAUGCUUUCAAGGGGAUUAAGCAGAUUGGUGUUAUUGGCUGGGGGUCUCAGGGACCUGCCCAAGCUCAGAAUUUAAGAGAUUCACUUGUGGAGGCAAAGUCUGACAUUGUUGUCAAGAUUGGGCUCAGAAAAGGGUCUCGCUCAUUUGAGGAGGCACGUGCUGCUGGCUUCACUGAAGAAACUGGUACUUUGGGUGAUAUAUGGGAAACUAUUUCUGGCAGCGAUCUCGUAUUGCUUUUGAUCUCUGAUGCUGCUCAAGCUGAUAACUAUGAGAAAAUCUUCUCUCACAUGAAGCCAAACAGCAUUCUUGGUUUAUCACACGGGUUUCUACUAGGGCAUUUACAGUCCUCGGGACUUGAUUUCCCAAAGAACAUCAGUGUGGUCGCUGUAUGCCCUAAGGGAAUGGGUCCUUCUGUGAGGAGGCUUUAUGUCCAAGGAAAAGAAAUCAACGGUGCUGGAAUCAACGCCAGUUUUGCAGUCCACCAGGAUGUUGACGGUAGAGCCGCCGAUGUUGCAUUGGGAUGGUCAGUAGCACUUGGUUCUCCUUUUACUUUUGCUACUACUCUUGAACAAGAGUACAGGAGUGACAUCUUUGGAGAAAGAGGCAUUUUGCUUGGUGCUGUUCACGGAAUCGUGGAGUCUCUGUUUAGAAGGUACACUGAAAACGGGAUGAGUGAAGACUUGGCUUACAAGAACACAGUAGAAUGCAUUACAGGAACAAUUUCAAGGACUAUCUCUACCCAGGGAAUGUUGGCUGUGUACAACUCCUUGUCUGAAGAAGCUGGUCGUCGCUUCUAUGAAAAAGAAGGCUUGCCAGCAUUCCCAAUGGGAAAUAUUGACCAGACAAGAAUGUGGAAGGUGGGUGAACGCGUCAGGAAGUCCAGACCUGCUGGUGACUUGGGUCCAUUGUAUCCCUUCACCGCUGGAGUUUAUGUAGCACUUAUGAUGGCUCAGAUUGAGAUCUUGAGAAAGAAAGGACACUCUUAUUCAGAAAUCAUCAACGAGAGUGUGAUUGAAUCCGUGGACUCUCUAAACCCAUUUAUGCACGCCAGGGGAGUGUCCUUCAUGGUUGACAACUGCUCGACCACAGCAAGAUUGGGGUCCAGGAAAUGGGCGCCGCGGUUUGACUACAUCUUGACCCAGCAGGCUCUUGUGGCUGUGGACAGUGGUGCAGCAAUCAACAGAGACCUAAUCAGCAACUUCUUCUCGGAUCCAGUCCACGGUGCCAUUGAGGUCUGUGCACAGCUCAGGCCUACCGUUGAUAUCUCUGUGCCUGCUGAUGCAGACUUUGUUCGACCUGAGUUGCGUCAAUCUAGCAACUGAGGGAAGAGUUAAAAGUUUGUCAGAGUCUCUUAUUUGUAAUCGGAGUUUUAAGUAUGUCGAGAGUUUGUGAUGUUUUUUAGGCGUGACUGUUUCGUUUGAUGGAUUCUGAAUAAUUUAUGUCUCUUUGCUUUGGUCUUAAAUCUACUUAUAUCAAUAAAAUAGUUUCGAAACA